AUGGCAACAAAGUGGGAAAGCCUGGAUGCUGAGGAAGCGGCCUUCCAAGCCGAGGUCCGACAGAUCCAAGCCUGGUGGCAGACAGACCGCCAGAAAGACAUAAGACGGCCGCAUUCAGCCGAGUCGAUUGCGGCACUACGCAACAUCGGAACCAAGGCUGUGUACCCAUCGAGUGCGCAAGGGCUCAAGCUAUGGCACAUGCUUCAGGAACACAAUGCAAAGGGCACGUACGAGUUGACAUACGGCACCACAGACCCCUUGGUAGCCAAGGAACUGACUGCAAGCAUGCGCACCGUAUACGUCUCUGGAGGACUUGCUGGAUACGCCCAGGCGUUGUUUCCUGGAGAUGACCACGCCGAUUACCCGGCCGACCUAGUUCCGUCCAUUGUUCGCCGUAUCUUCAACAUGCAGCUUUUCCAGGACCAGCGGCAGCAUCAGAUACGCAUGCGAGUUCCUAAAGCGGAGCGGGAGCACCUCGAGUGCGUAGACUACAUGGCCCCGAUCGUCGCCGACGCCGACAUGGGCUUCGGUACGCUCACGGGCUGCAUGAAGCUGGCCCGCAACUUCGUCGAGGCCGGCGUAGCAAUGAUACACAUUGACGAUCUCGCUCUGGGGCUCAAGAAGUUCACCAUCGGAGAGGGCAAGACCAUCGUGCCUACCUCGGAGUAUCUGACCCGGCUUACUGCUGUGCGGAUGACCUUUGACAUCAUGGGGUUAGACACCAUGCUUCUUUGUCGUUGCGAUAGCGACCAUGCUGAGUUCAUCACUAGCGUAGCAGAUCCGCGGGACCACGCAUAUGUCCUCGGCGCGACCAAAGACGUGGCGCCUUUUGCGCAGGCGAUCGCAGAGGCUCACCGCCAGGGCAAGGACUACACGACCGCCAAGGCGGAGUGGAAAGCUGUCGCGGGACUGAUGACGUUUGACGAGGCAGUCCGGGCCGCCGCCACCACCAAAGAACAGUACCAGGCGUACCUGACGAAGCUCGAUGGCCGGGUGGACGUGGCGCUGCGAGAGCGGCAGGCAUUGGCGACAGAGGUUCUGGGCCGGCCUCUCGUGUUCGACUGGGAGCUUCCAAGGACACCCCUAGGGCAGUACAUGUGGCAGUGGUCACUCAAGGCCGUGGUAGACCGGUGUCUGGUCGCUGCGCCGCUGGGUGAUUUGACGUGGAGUCGCCAAGACAAGCAAACCAUGCACGACUUCCACACGGCCAUCCGCGCCGUGUAUCCGAAUCGACUCUUUGCUUUCGGCUUCACGGGCGCCUACGAUUUCGCGACGGGAGGUUACACAGCUGAGGAGAUGGACUCGUCGGCCUUCCACGCGGACCUCGCCAAGAUGGGCGUCGUGUGGCAGUUCCAACCUGUCUGGGCGGUCCAGGGCCCCAGCUUGUAUGCGCGGCAGUCGGCGGCUGACUUUGUGCGCGGCGGCAUGGGUUAUUACAACCGCGAGGUCGCGGGGCCGGCGAUCGCCGCGGUGCCCAAGGGUCGGAAUGGUCACCCUGCGCCGGCACGCAGUGGAACGCUUGCUGAUGCAUUCUUCGAUGUCGCGGCUGGCCGGGAUAUAUCCUGUAGUGAUUGA